AUGGAUCGCGAUACGAAACUCCACGACGAAAGCGAGGCCACGGCCCCCAAUGUCAAUAAGACACGAUCGGCCGACCAACACGAUGUAGCCAUCAACGCGUCUGGCCACGUCCAAGAACUUGAGCGCAACUUCAAUCUACUCUCACUCGCCGGUGUUGGGUUGGUAGUCGGCAAUGUCUGGCCAGCUAUCGGCGGCUCAAUCCUCGUCGCCAUCUUCAACGGCGGUCCCCCGGGCGUCCUAUACGAGUUCAUCGCCGUGUCCGUCUGCUACUGGACCGUCACGGCCAGCAUUGCCGAGCUAGCAAGCGCCAUCCCUUCGUCUGCCGGAGUGUACCACUGGGCCUCCGUCACACCCGGCCGCCGAUGGGGCCGCGUCAUGUACGCGCUCAACCACACGGGUUUCGAGGCCAAGCCCUGGCACGUCUUCAUCGUCUACAUCAUCGCGACAUGGCUUGCAUGCGCCAUUGUCUGCCUGGCUAAUAGUGCUAUGCCGCGGAUUAACGAUUUUGGUGUCUUUGCGAUUGUAGCAGGUUUCCUCAUCACCGUCAUCACUGUAGCCGUCAUGCCCGGUCGAGACGGACGGCCGCCGCAUGCAUCAUCCUCCUUUGUUUGGACCGAGUGGACCGCCGACAUCGGAUAUCCGAACGGCUUUGUCUUUGUGGCCGGAACGUUAAACGGAGCUUUCAGUGUCGGUGCCGUCGAUGCUACGACCCAUCUAGCGGAAGAGAUCCCGAACCCGCAGCGUAACGUCCCCAUUGCUCUCGGCCUCCAGCUGGGCAUUGGCUUCAUCACCGGGUUCUGUUAUUUGGUCACCAUCAUGUACGCGAUCAACGACUAUGAUGCCCUCUUUGAAUCUCCGUAUCCCAUCGCCGAAAUCUACCGUCAGGCCACCGGCUCCGCUGCUGGUGCGACUGGGCUGCUCGCCCUCAUACUCAUAUGCAUCGGUUUGACGCUCAUGGGUCUAUACAUCACCUGCGGUCGAACACUAUGGGCCCUUGCCCGUGACGGCGCAAGUCCCCGUCCCUCCCUUCUCGGACAUGUAAGCCCAAGGCUGGGCAUGCCCAUGUGGUCUACAGUCUUGUCAGCCAUCCUAGUCACGGUUCUUGGAGCAAUCUAUGUCGGUAGCACGACAGCUUUCAACGCUUUUGUCGGGAGCUUCAUUCUUCUCUCGAGUAGCUCCUAUCUCGCUGCCAUACUACCUAACCUCCUUUCAGGGCGGAAGAUGGUCGCGUACGGACCCUUCCACAUGCGUGGAUGGAUUGGGUUCGCCAUUAACGGCAUCGCAUGUUCCUACAUGUUGGUGUGGUUCGUCAUCUACUGCUUCCCUUUCGCUCUGCCGACCAAUGCCCAGUCGAUGAACUACGCAUGCUUGAUAUGGGGCGGCUUCACCGUUUUUGUUGGUCUAUGGUGGUUGCUGGGGGCAAGAAAGGGGUAUGAGGGUCCGACAACGACGGGAGGUGCCGUGAUAGAGGCAACAUCUCACCACCAUGCGGCCUAA